AUGGACGCACAACUGGAAUGGGCUAGCAGCCUUGUCCCAAAGAGACAGUUUCAACAACAACAACAACAGCAGCAGCAGCAGCAGCAACAGGAUUUCCAAAAGGACCAGUUGAUGACUGUGGGUAUGCGGAUCAGACAGCGGGUCGACCAGGGUUAUGCCUCGAGGACGCCGAGCACGUCGGAGGCCUCGCUACAGCCGGGCGUCAUUAGAGAUUACUCGAGCGUUAUUGUUCCGCAGUUUACAAGGUCGCCCUUGCCCACUGCAAACUCGCUACCACCUAUGCUGAUAAACCAGAGAACCAUGUCGACCGAGGCAUCCUCGCUCGAGAAAUGGGACGUCCCGGAACCUGCCGCGGAGCACGAAACAAUGGUUAACGGGUCCAAGAGAAGACUUUGA